ACCAUCGCCAACCCCGAUGGACCGUGGUGGCGAGAUGGGGGUCUCCGAAAGCUGGUUUUCUGGCAAUCGUGGAUGCUUGUCUCCCAAAUGACUGUUGGAUAUGACGAAGUCAUUGUUGGUACUUUCCAGGCCAUGGAUCCUUGGCAGAAAGCUAUGGGCAACCCAACCCCUGGAAUUCUUGGUCUCAUCACUGCCCUCGUCUUUGUUGGAGGCUUCGCAGGAGCAUUGGUUGUGGCCUACCCCGCUGAUAAGUUUGGACGUCGCCCAACUAUUCAGUUUGGAUCCCUGCUAUGCAUCAUUGGUUCUGCCUUGCAAUCAGCCGCCCCGAACCGAAAUGUGUUCAUCGGUGGCCGUUUUAUCUUGGGCUUUGGAAUCAGCUUCACGACCUGCGCGGGCCCCAGCCUGCUGAACGAGCUUAGCCAUCCUCGCCUUCGCGGCAAGAUGGCAUCAAUGUUCAAUGUCCUGUGGUAUGUGGGAUCCAUCAUUGCCUCGUGGCUUUCAUUCGGUACCGGACACCUCGACAACAACUGGUCCUGGAGAAUCCCAUCCAUCGUACAGACUUGCUUUCCGCUAUUUGUCAUGACUGCUGUGACCUUCAUGCCAGAGUCGCCUCGAUGGCUCUGCUCAAAGGGUCGCUAUGACGAAGCAAAGGAAAUCUUGGUGACGUAUCACGCUAACGGCGACCAUAACGCCGAUAUUGUCAAGGUCGAGAUGGAAGAGAUUAGCCAAGCCCUCAUUGAGGAGCGAGAGGCUCAUAUUGCAGCUUGGAGCAAUGUAUUUGCCAUCAAGGCCAACCGGAAACGCUUCGGUAUUGUCAUCUCAGUCGCUGUCCUCACGCUGUGGAAUGGCCAGGGUGUCAUCUCGUAUUACUUUUCGCCCAUUCUCAACAGCAUCGGCAUCACCGGCACAACCCAGCAGACUGGUAUCAACGGCGGCAUGGCUAUCUGGAAUCUCAUCUGCGCCGUCGUUGGUGCUUUGCUGGCCGACAAGGUUGGACGACGGCCACUAUGGCUUGCCAGUUUCAUCGGCAUGAUCUGCGCCAACGUGCCCCUGACCAUCUCAAGCGCCAUGUACGCCAAUCGUGGCUCUCAGGCCGCAGCGUACACGACGGUCGUAUUUCUCUUUCUGUACAACGCUGCGUUCAACCUGGCUUGCAACCCGCUGCUUUACUGCUACACACCCGAGAUUUUGCCAUACAGCAUCCGAAAUCGCGGUCUCGCGCUGCAGAUCGUGGUGAGUCAGGCGGCUCUGACGGUGAACCAGUACGUCAACCCGAUCGCCCUGGACCGCAUUGGCUACUAUUACUUCAUUUUCUAUCUUGGAGUUCUGGUACUGGGCACCAUCAUUAUCUAUCUUACAUUCCCGGAGACAAAAGGAUACACGCUGGAAGAGCUUGGGGCUUUGUUUGACGAC